AUGUUUGGGAGGCUGAGACCGCCGCCAUCGUCGCCGGACUGUCUCGAGAGAUAUCCGGCGAAGAUCAUCAAAGACGAUCCUCUCUCCGUCUACGAGUCAACACUGCUCAAGCUUAAGCAAGGAUCAAGACUGGACUCCGUUGGUCCUUUAUCGGAAACAGAGACUGAGAAUCCGUCAUCAUCGUCAAACUCUGUUGAAACUUUAGUCUGUACGGAUGCAAAAGGAGACGCUAAUGAUGUGACUCUGUGCAAUGGCUCUGAUGCAAUGGCUGUAGAUUCGGGCCAGCAGAAGAACAAGAACCCAUCAGUGCUCUCCAUGUUUUGCAGGUACAAGAAUCUAUCUCAAGCACGAGACUUGUCUCACACUGUGGAUACAACAACGGCAGAGACUGAGAAUGCUUCUUCGUAA